AUGGCUGCGCCGCUCCCGAGGCGGCUGCAGGGGCUCGCCCGCCCUUUGCAUGGCCGCGGGGCUCGCCCCAGCGUGUCAACUCCAGCGGCGACGCCGCAGUCUGUCUUGUUCGCCUCUCUGUUCGGAGAGCCGUUUUCUGCUUCGGCGGCGGCGCUGGCGUCGUCGCUGCGGGUGUCGUUGUCCUUCGCCGUCGAGUCGCUGCUCUUCUCGUCUUGUUCGUCUCCGCUCCCCUCUCGGGAGUCUCCUUCUUCUCGCGCCGCCCGCGCCCGUCGGGUCUCGUGUCAGUCUCUCUCUCUCUUGCGUGUUUCGUCCACUCUGCGUGCGUCGCCGGUCGCUGUGCCUCUCCGCUGCGCAUCUGGCAGCCUGCGCAACGCGCUGGGGUCCGCAAUGUGUGUCCGAAUCGCGGCGAGUUCUCCUCCGGGUUCGCUGGACUUUCGCCUCGCGCGACGGCCGCUGUUUUCUCAGCGUUCGGCGGGUUUGAAGAUUCCGCGCCUUGCGCGCGUGUACGAGAUGGAGCCGCGCGAGCUGCGCGACGCGGUCGCCGAUUGCGCGCGGCGGCAGAUUCGGAUGAAGGAGCUUUGGGACGCGUUCCUGUAUCGCGCAGUGGUGCUGCGCUCGGAGUUGCGACCCGAGUACAUUGCGACGAUUUUCCGCUCACUGGCCAUGGUGCAGAAGCCAGUUCUCUCCUUCGUAGACUACAUCCUCGAGGACGUGCGCUUCCGCCUGGACACGUUUCGCCUCCAAGACGUAGCGUUGCUUCUCUCCUCACUCGCGCGGCUACAGGUGCAGGACGACCUCCUUCUGCAGGCUUUCGUGCCGGUCAUUCUGAAGCGCAUCUCCUCCACUACGCCGCCCAAAGACCUUGCCCUCCUCUUCCACGCCUUCGUCCGCAUGCACGGCCCACAGACUGACCUGGUCGCCAGCCGAGUCGUAGCCUCGCUUGCGGGACGCACGGAGACGCUGCACCAGCCGCAGACGCUCGCACUCCUGCUCUACGCCUUUUCAGAGCACGCCCGCCGCCUCAUGAAGCGCGAGGCAAUGGCGCGCGAGGCGACGGCGCGCCUACGCCAGGAGCCGAGCGAGGGAGAGGGCGCGAGUGAGGCAGCCGCCGCGCUGGAGGCAUGCCGCGCACGCGACGCCGAUGGAAAAGCCGCGAAGCGGGGACCGGUUGACGCGCAGCCGAGCGAGGGCGGAGGCCGCGCCGAAGAGGCCGAGGACGCGGCGGGCGAGGAGGGGGGGGAGAGAGAGGAGGGCGAGGAUGGCGCACUUCGGAUUCCGUUUCAUGUUUUUCUGGAGAUCCUCCUCGAACAAGUCGGCAGAGAGCUGCGCGACUUCCGCGCGCGAGACUGCGUCCACGCGGUCGCGGCCGUCGCCAACCUCGCAGCCUGCAACAAACUGAUUCUGCGGGAUGCCGUCGAGCGGCGCGAGAGCGCUGAAGCCGCUCAGAGGGGAAGGGCGUCCGCCACGCCCGACGCGCCACGAGGCGUGGAGACUCCAGAGAACGAAGGCGAGGAAGCCAAGUGGAACGGAAGCUGGCUGCCGCCUUCGCUGCUCGAGGACGUGUUGUGGCGAGCGCACAAGCGCCUGAUGGAAGUCAAAUUCGAGAUGCAGAGUCGAGAAGCCGUGCUGCUCUUCCGGAGUAUCCAUAACCUCCAGACCGACUGCGCCGGGUUCGUGACGGAGGCCGAGGAGCUCCUGAAGGACCCGUCCCGUGCGCACGACUCAUUUUUCUCCUCUAUCGGCGGGGGCUUGAAGCCUGAGGCGGAGAAGAAAAAGAGGCGGCGACCGUUGCUCGAGCGGCUGCGCACUCUCGUCUCGCAAGAAAUCGUCCACCGGGCGGGAACUCUCGAGACCUCAGACGUGCUGGAGCUGCUGCGCAUCCUCGCAGCGGAGGACAACCGGGUUGAGCCGGCCCUGGAGGCCGCGCUCUGCGUACGCCUGGGUGACUCGCUGGUCGCGUUCUCGUCGCCAUACUUCAAGCCGCAGGUCGAACUUCACAAGACUCUGCAGCAGAGCGCCGACGCGUUUCUGCGGCUGUUCGCGCCCGCCGCGCAGCCCUACAUGCCUCCCUCGGCUGCAGUCGCCUCCCUCGCGUCGUCGCCCUCCGCUGAAACAGGAUUCGGCGGCGGUGCGCAUGCGGCGACGGCGGUGGUCAACAACUCGGCGUUCGCUUCUGCGAGCGACACGCUGCAGUCGGCCUGCGAGCAUCGCGGAAGGCCCUACCGAUUCGCUCAGCCCCUUGGAGUCUGCUUCUUCAAGCUUCUCGCGAAGCAGCGGGAGCUGAAACUGACGCCGCAGGUUGCUGCCUCCGUCACGUGGGCGCUGGGCGUCCUUCGCGUCCGCGACCCUCACUGGGCCUCGACGCUCAAGCACCGCCGUGCAUCCGUCGUCUCGUGUACGACUGGGCAAACCUUCUUUCCUUCUUCGGACUGCGCCGCGGCUUCGCGCGCAUUGGCUUCAGAGGCGCCGGUGGCCAGCGGCGUGGACUGCAGCGAUGCUGCGGCGUCUGACGACGAGGACGAGGCGGCGCUCUCGCGUCAGCGGAAGGAUUACUUCCAAGGCGUGGAGACAGUCGCGAAGCUGACAGGGGGCUUGGCGCUCCUCGGCAUGAGCGACGUCGCAGACGAGCUCGGCCUUUUCCCGCUGCUCUCCACUGUCGAGUGCUUCCGAGACGCUGAAGUCGCUCUCUCCGUCUUGACUGCGGCGACAGUCUUUGACUUGACGCGGCGGCCCGCGACGCUCGCCAACUCCCUCCUCCUUCCCGCCGCUGAGGCAGUGUAUGACCAGCGCUCGUCUCUCUCCGCGUCGCUCUAUCCAGCUCUGCGCUUCGUCGCGAUGUCGUCUGUCCUCUCGGCGUGUUCCCCACAUCUGCAGGAGUUCUUCGCCAAUCCCGGGGGGGCGCAUUUUACGGGGCCUUCCUCCGGCGGGUCGUCCGCGUCGCGCGCGUCCUGCGUCGCGCCGCAUUUGAGCCGGGUGUCCUCACACGACAUGCUGCUGUGCUCCCAACAGAUCCAGAAGAGGAAACACAGGUGGCGGCGCGGCCGUGGGCCGCAGGCCCUGGCGCACGGCCAGCAGCUCGACGCGAUCGUGAGCCGCUACCUGAACACACAAAAAGUGGGGUCGCUCGUGUAUAAGCCGACGCCGCUGGUCGCGGACGCCCUGGAGGAGGAGGACGACGACGGCGAGCUGUUUGGGGAUCCGGAGGAAGGCGACGGCGCCUCCGAGGCCGACCGAAGCGACGCGGCCGCGGACGCCGACAACGUCGGCGCCGCCGACGAGGACGACGAGGUGCUGACUUUUCCCGAACGCGUGAGGAAGGAACUCGCUUCUUGGCACGGCGUUCAAGUUGCCUGCGAGGUGCCGGUGGGCCCGUUCCUUGUCCCCUUCGCAGUCGAUCUCGUCAGCCUGGGAAACCAUUUGAAGCGCUUCCCGUUGACACCCGCGAAGUCCCUCUGCAACGUCGGGGAAGACCAAGUAGACGCAGGCGAGGCCGAAGGCGACGGCGAAGCCAACGAGAGGGAAGUGGAGCGCUUCGACGCUGAAGAAGGCGACGCAGCGGAGGAAAAGGGUUGGGCGACGCCGUCGGCGAGGGUCCGUGACGGUGGCGUUGACGUCGAAGCCGACGAGGUGUCUCACGCGUCUCAGUGUCAGGGGGAAGACGAGUUGGAUGCGAACGGCGAAGAGUCAGAGGAAGGCGACGGGGAGGCGGCUGGUUGUGCGGGCGCCUCUGAGGAAGGCCCCGAGCGACGCACACAUGUCCUCAUCGAUUUGCUGUGGCGGGAUUUCGACUUCUACUUGGAUGCCGCGUCCGACGCGGCGCACACGGCGCCGCCUGGCCACCGUGCCGGGCGCCCGAUCUCUGCGGUGCCCGCGGCGGGCGACGACCGGCAAGGCCCGGAGACAAAGGAGGAGAUUUCUGAGAGCCGCGAAACCGCUGCGCCUGUCGCUUCCCAAAGGUCGGCUGCCGGUCGGGUCAAGAGCCCCCUGCUGUGUGCCGGCAAGUUUGCCGAGCUGAACGCGCUGAGGCGGCAGGGAUGGCACGUUGUGUGCGUUAGUGAAACAUCGUGGAUUGCGCUCGAGGCGAAGCGACGAAAGGGCGACGGGGACCGCGACGCCCUCAAGCGCUACAUUCUUUCCUGUAUCGCAUCGUUGGGGAAGGGCAAACGCAGGCCGCCCGCAAAGAGUGACGCACACGUGGCGUAG